AUGGUGACGGACGCAAAGAUAGAUACUGGAAAAGCUACGAAAAGAAAUCCGGGUCCGAUAUAUUCUAAGGAAGGUAUUCCUUACGACUAUAUUGUCAUUAUUGAUUCAGGUUCUAAGGGAUCCAGAGUAUUUAUAUACAACUGGUUAAACCCAACACAUGCGAUAAAUGCUGGCAUUGACUUCGAUAAUGUGAAGCUGAGUCUUAAACUACUCAAAAGAGCUGGAACAGGCGAUGAAAUAGACUUUAAUGAUAAAACUGAUGAAGGUGGCAGUGAUAGUGACAGCGAUAGUGAAGGGGCUACAAGUAGUAAAGAUAAAGACAGUAAGAAACAGAAGAGUGUACAAGGUAGUAAAGGAAAACUCAAUGAUAAAGACAAACAGAAAGAAAAGAGCAAGGAUAAAGCCAAAGGUCAAACAAAAUUAGAGAAGGUCAAGUUUCCCAAAAUUUAUAGUAAGAAAAAGUGGCACCAGAAGAUUCGUCCAGGUAUUUCUUCUUUUAAUGCCAGUCCACAGAAGAUAGGAAAUCAUCACUUGAAAUAUCUACUUUCUGUUGCAAGUACAGUUGUCCCUAAGUCUCAACAUACGAGGACACCAAUAUUUUUGCACUCGACGGCAGGAAUGAGACUUUUGAAUAAUUUGGAGCAACAACAGAUAUUGGAAAACAUCUGUUCUUAUUUCACUUAUAACUCUGACUUCUACAUGCCUGAUUGUGCAUCCCAUGUCAACGUUAUUGAUGGUGACGUAGAGGGAUUAUAUGGAUGGUUAUCCAUUAAUUACUUGGUUGGAGCUCUUGAUUCGCCUGAAAAGCAUAAACAUGGUAAAAAUCACACCACCUAUGGUCUCUUGGAUAUGGGAGGCUCUUCUACUCAGGUUGUAUUUCUGCCCAACUCCACUGAAAUAAAUGAGCAUAAGAAUAAUUUAUAUAAGAUAAGUCUCGCGGAGGUGCCUCAACUACAGAGAAAUGAUAAGCAGAAAGACGCCAGUUAUUCACCACCGGUGAGACAGCAAUUUGAUGUCUACUCAGACUCAUUUUUGGGUCUUGGGAUGUUUCAAGCUCAUGAUAAGUAUCUCACCUAUUUGGCGGAUGAUUAUAGGGAAGAUAAUAAAAUUGACGACGAAUAUAGCAUAGGUGUUCCUGUUUCAGAUCCCUGUUUACCAAAGGGAAACACCAAGAAUUCUGUUAUCAAAGGUGACUAUGUUGAUUUUGUUGGGGAAAGUGACUUCCAGAAAUGUUUAACUUCAAUUUUCCCUGUUUUACUGAGAAGCACGUAUGGAUCUGGCAAAUCUCAUGAUGAUAAAAAUUGCAAGCAACUAAAUGAAGGAGCAGACGUGAGUGCAUGUCUUUUGAAUGAUUUGAUACCCGCUUUUGAUUUCGAUGUCAAUCAUUUUAUUGGCGUUAGUGGAUAUUGGGAUGCUAUAAAUACUUUAUUAUCUUAUGGAAAUAAGGACCAGAAGCCAGAGAGAAAUGCUAGUGACGAAUUUGAUUAUAAAGUUAUCUAUCAGAAGACGAAGGAUAUCUGCUCAAUGACGUUUAGUCAAUUAAUUGACUUAAAUAAGCUAGAACCUACAAAAAGACAACUAACAGAAGUUGAGUUAUCAGAAUUAUGCUUUAAGUCUUCUUGGAUUUUGAACUUUUUGCACACAGGUCUUGGUUUCCCAAGAUAUGGAAUAGACAAGGAUCCAAAUAAGAAUAAGCAGUUUAAAUCACUACAGCUUGCAGAAGAUAUCGGUGGCUCUGUCUUUUCAUGGACACUUGGAAGAGCCAUCUUAUAUUCAAAUGACGAAUACAUCCAAGCUUUUAUCAAUCACACUAUAGAAGUUCACAAACUCACCGAUGAAAAAUUGCAAAAACUGCUGAAAGCCAAAGGUUUAUUACUUCAGAGGCCUGGAUAUUAUCACUCAGCUUCAUCCAUGGUGUAUAGCUACGGUGCUGAACAAAAUAAUAUCCCACCACGACCACAGUUUAGAGAUCCAGAUGAAAAUGCUGUAUAUCAUUAUUAUGAUUACGAGUUAUCAGACCAGUAUGAAAAUAAUGAACUGAAGUGGUACGUUCAGCCACAUCGCUGGUACGGACUUUUUAUCUUCAUGUUUUUAAUAGGAUUUAUUGUCUGGCUCAUGGUUGGCCGCGGUGGUAGAUCCAUGGUAGCUGCAAAAUUGCAGAGUAAAUUCAAAAGAAUCAUCGAUUUCAUUAAAACGAUUACAUCUAAGAGGACUGAUCGCUAUACAAAUUUACCAGAACUGUCCGCUGACCUAGAGGAUGGUCACUUAGAGCUAACUGAUUUUGAGAUCAAUAAUUUCGAGAUUGAUAAUUCACUGGAAGACCUGUUCAAAAUCGAUAGAGAAUAG